AGCUGAAAGGAGAAAGUGGAUGGGGUCCAUGAGCGCAGCCUCUGAUUGGCUAAUAUCGCUUCAGCCACGCCCAAUGUCAACACGCCCCGCCCUCCCCAGUGAUGUUUGUGACGGAGACUGGCACUUCAAAACACCGGUCACCGUACGUGAAGUUAUUUAACAAGCUAGCGGAGAAAACAGACCUACGAGAUGCUUGCGACAGUGAUUGUUCAUCACAUUAGACACUUUUAAAUCGCAGGACGUUAGUGUUUAGGUCGUUAUAAACGUUAGAAGUUCACUGUAUGGAUCUUCCGCGAUGCAACAGGCGCGUGAAAGACGAAAGUAAACGAAAGUAACCGUAACUUACAUCCAGAAGGAUUUACUGACUUUAUCUAAAGAUUUUCAAGAAGAAAUCGACAUGUUCCCCCUCGACUCUCCGUGGAAUAUCUCUUUCGCAGGCUGUGGUUUUCUGGGUAUUUACCACAUCGGAGUGGCCAGCUGUCUACAGGAGCACGCGCCGUUUCUGGUGGAGAACGCGCGUCACAUUUACGGCGCGUCAGCGGGCGCGAUCACGGCCUCUGCGCUGGUCAGCGGCGCCUGUUUGGGAGAGGCAGGUGCCGGCAUCAUUGACGUGGCUAAAGAAGCCCGAAAGCGCUUCCUAGGCCCCAUGCACCCCUCCUUCAACCUGGUGAAGAUCAUGCGGACCGUAAUGCAUCGCGUGCUGCCGCACGACAGCCACAGCCGGGCCACCGGCCGCCUGGGCAUCUCUCUGACCCGAGUGACGGACGGAGAAAACGUGCUGGUGACACACUUCAACAGCAAUGAGGAACUCGUUCAAGCGUGUGUAUGCAGUGCUUAUAUUCCCGUGUACUGUGGCCUGAUACCUCCAACCCUGCAGGGAGUGCGGUACGUGGACGGUGGCAUCAGUGAUAAUUUGCCACAGUACGAGCUGAAAAACACCAUCACGGUGUCUCCGUUCUCAGGAGAAAGUGACAUCUGCCCGCGAGACAUCAGCUCAACCAACAUUCAUGAGCUGCGCUUCACCAACACCUCCAUUCAGUUCACACUGGCCAACCUCUACAGAGUCUCCAGAGCGCUGUUCCCACCUGACCCGCUGGUGAUGAAGAACAUGUGCAAGCAGGGAUACAGAGAUGCUUUACACUUCCUGAAGAAGAACGGUCUGUUACAGUAUCGAGGUCCACACCGUAUGCUGGCCGUAGCUGGCGGAGAGGCUGAGGAAGAGUCUGACAGUGAGGAUGAUGAAGAGUCAGAGAACAGGGUUGACAGAGAAGCACAGGAUCACUCCAGCAUCGAGGAGCACAUCUUUGAACACUUGCCUCCUAAAGUACAUAAAGCGCUGGUGGAGGCCUGUAGGGAGAGGCGGAGUCUGUUGCAGUCACUAAGCAACAUGCUGCCCGUUAGAUUGGCAUCUGCCGUCCUGUUACCGUACACACUUCCUCUAGAAUCAGCUCUGUCACUGAGCAUCAGACUGCUGGAGUGGUUGCCAGACAUUCAGGAGGAUGUGGGCUGGAUGAAGGAGCAGACAGUGAAGCUGUUGCAGAGUGUUUUGUCACACGCGGGGAGGAGUGUGUCACAGCAGGUGUCUGCACGCUUUUCAUAUCAGCUGGAAUUGAAACAUUCCCAGUCGGUCCCGGCCAGCUUCAGUCCAGCGCAUCUGCUGCCUGGCUGGGUCUACGGGGGCAGCUCCACAGUCCUGGACGCCAUGCUGCGAUUGGACCAGUACCAGCGCCAACUCCUGCCAGGCCUUUUCUGUGUCAAUCUGGACCUCAGAGGGUCUUUCACCACCAGCUCCAGCUCCCUGAGCCACCAAGACGCAAUAGAGGGUCUCACCAUGCGUCCCAUUGGAGCCCCAAACACCUGCAAGCUCCCUUAACCACGGGGCCUGAGAGACCAUUAUAUCCCACAAUGCACUGCGACAAUGCACAGGAACUUUGUGGUGAACAUUUCAGUGUCUGAUGGUCAGCAGAAAGAAAACAAAUGCUUUGCAAAUUUUUGUGAGAAGUUUGAUUCUGUCGCACAGUUGAAAAAGGAGAUUUUGAGAAUUACAAUUAAGAAAAUGUUAAAGAAAUGCAAAAAGAAAACACAGCCGGAGAAUGUAUUUAAAAGAUAUGCUGCACUUCACUAAAUGUUCUUGGUCCAAGACAAUCUAAGCAUUUUUUACUAUAAAGUAUACACACACACACACAAACAAACAAUUAAAAUAAAUAAAUAUAUAUAUUUAUAUAUGUAUGUAUAUAGUCAUGUAAUCUGGAAUCUUCUGCAUGACAUGCAAGGAAGUCAGAAAGGAAUUUUUAUUAAGAUGGGGCAAAAUCCACUUACACAUGAAUCACGUCAGUAAUAUUUCAUAACCAGAAGUUCAUCCACCUAGAAAACAGGUUUCACCUCAAAAACAUCCUUUACAGCUUAAAUAAUAAACUUUUUGAUGAAUAAUUCAUGUAAGUGCAUUAACAAAAAUACAUGCUUCACAUUUUUUGCUUACUUCAAUUUUAAAUGCAUUACUGUAUUUACUAAAGAACAGGACAAAAAUUGAGCUAAAUCUGUAUUGAACCAGAACAUUGUUUAAAGGCGGAACAGAAAGAAUCUGAAUUUCUCUCAGAAUGUCCCUGAAUGUGUCUUGGUUGAUCAGUAUUUGUGUUUUGAAGGCACCUCAGCAUAGUUUCAAACCUGAAAAAGUCAAGUGAUCUGAGGCUGUUUCUGAAGGUUUAUGCAUGUAGACUGAUUCAAAGCAAACCAUGUGACCAUAUGCCCCGGCAAUGCAACAUCAAUGCUACUACUGUACUGUACUGUCAUGUGUUUAUGUCUAAAGCGUAUUUCUUGCUACUUUUUGUACUUCUUGUAAUGCACCUUCUUGUUUUUUUUUCUUGUUUGAAAUGGUUGCCAGACACAGAUUAAGGUUAGUGCUGGACUAAACUAAUCUGUUAAUCUAUUGUAAAUGCUUCAAAAUCUGGGAUUUGGCUUUAAGUGUGUGCCAGACAGUAAAAGACACCUCCUAAUCUGCAUUUCUGCUCAGUUACAGUAUUCUAAUGUGAAUGUUUAACAGACCUAAUAAAGUUUUGACUUAGAA